GGUCCCGGCCACAGCCACAAGCCGCUGGAGAUGCUGCGUCUCUUCAGUGUUGUGAUGGCGGCUGGGCUGCUCCUGGCCUGUCUCACCGCCUACGUGCUGGAGACCUACACCCUGCAGCCAGGGCUGGGAAGGCACCCGCGGGCCGGGCAGCCUCCCUACCCCGACAGCAGCCCCGACAACCUCUUCUGGUUCCUGCAGGUGUCCGACAUCCACAUCAGUAAGUUUCAUGAUCCCAAAAGAGUCCCCGAUUUUCUGAAAUUUUGCACCGAGACCAUUGACGCAAUUAAACCAGAACUUGUUCUCGUGACAGGAGAUCUGACAGACGCCAAAACAAAGAGCAAGAUUGGAUCCAUCCAGCACGAAGUGGAAUGGCAAACAUACCAGACCAUCCUAAAGCAAUCCAGAGUGCUGGAGAAAACAAAGUGGAUUGAUAUCAGGGGAAAUCACGAUGCCUUUAACAUCCCAUCACUAGAGAGCGUCACUAACUACUACAGAAAAUACUCUGCCUUUCGACGGGAUGGCUCCUUCCAUUAUCUACAUCAGAAGCCAUUCGGAAACUACUCAUUUAUUUGUGCAGACGCAACUCCUGUUCCGGGCCCAAAAAGACCAUUCAAUUUCUUUGGCUUCUUGAACCAGACUAAGAUGGCUGAACUAUCCGCACUGUCCUCUAAUGCUGUCCACAGUAAUCAAACUAUUUGGUUUGGCCACUACACUACCUCAACCAUCAUCUCUGCAUCUCCUGGCAUACGGCAACUCAUGAGCUCUAGUUUAGCAUAUCUGUGUGGCCACCUGCACACGCUGGGAGGUCUGGCCCCAGUGCUGCACAGCAGGCACAGGCAGGGCACUCUGGAAUUGGAACUGGGCGACUGGAUGGACAACCGCAGGUACCGCAUCCUGGCGUUUGACCACGAUCUGCUCAGCUUUGCAGAUCUGACAUUUGACGAAUGGCCAGUGGUCCUCAUCACAAACCCAAAGGACGUUGUGUACCACAACCCAACCCAGGAGCCUUUGGAGAGAGUCCAGUAUUCCACACACAUCAGGGUCCUGGUUUUUUCACCAUCAACUAUCUCUUCAGUCCUGGUCAGUAUUGACGGUGUUGCCCUCGACAGCGCAGAGCACGUGAUGGGGCCUCUCUUUGUGUUGCCCUGGAAUGUGAAGGAUUACAGGGAAGGAGUACAUCAAAUCGAAGUCAAAGCCAAGGAUCAGGCUGGCAGAGAAAAAACUCAAGGUCACAAGUUCACCAUGGAAAAGGACCACUUGUUCACGUUUGAUUUCCUGCCCUCAUUUAUCCUCUUAAGUAACCACUCUAUUAUGAUGAAGGUGGUCUUCAUUUUGCUAACAAUCGUUUAUCUUAUCCUGAUGGUUGUCAUCCGGUAUCUUCCCAAACCACAACUUAAAGAGACUCCUGGUUUAUUGAUUUUGACCUAUUUUUCACUACAAGUGUUGUGUAACACCAGCACGAUAUACUUCCCUGUGGUACUUUUCACCCUAUACACAGCACUAGGUCCCUGGUUCAUUGGAGAAGUGAUAGACGGACAGAUCGGGGCCUGCUUUUCUUUCGGUGUCCUGGUGGACGGCUAUUUCGUGGAGGAUAGCUUGACCUUUUUCAUUGGAAUUCUGCAGCUCCUUUUCUUUAACUUCCCGCUGACCCUCUACCUGUGCUGGUGCCUGCUCCUGCGUUGUCGAGGGGCUCGUUUCUUGUCACACAUCAAGUACUCGGGCUGGGUCUGCUCAGUCCUUGUGCACCUGACGGUGCUGAUGCUGUUCGCCUGGCAGCUCCACUCCUGCUAUUUCCUGCUUGAGGCUUAUGGUGUGGCAGCCUUCCUCCUGUCCCCAAUGAGGACCUGGACUGUGAUGCUGGCGAUGGCACUGGCCUACCAGGUGUGGACCACCAACGAGUCGGCCAUUGCUGUGUACAGGAACCUCAUCAAGAACUGCCCAUACUCCUGAACCUGCCUGGAACCGCAGCGGGAGGGACACUAGGACCUGUACCGAUUUUCUUUCACACUGUUAGUGAGAGAGAGUUCCUGAUGCUGCUCGCACAACGUCGACUGCAGUGGUUGAAGGUAAUCAUUUAAAUAUAUCAAACUGCCUCCUCCCACCACAAAACAUCGACACCUUAAAUAAGAAGAUUCAUCUGGAAAACUCACUUCACCUGGGGAAAUUGUAGACCAGUGGACCACACCCUACACUGAUACUGAUGCACUGGAAUUUUCUCCAUAAACAUUCCCCGCUGCUUCAGAAAACAGCGUUCGGGGUCUGGCAGCAGGGGGGUCUGCUUAAACUGAGAUUCCUGCAUUGGAAACUCGUGCCCUUCCCUGUUUCACAGAAGGGUUCACUGGUGCCUGUCCAAUGAGCAAUGUACGUGGUGUUUGUGUAGAGGAGGGGCAGUAUGCCAACUUGGGGACAGUGUGAUGCCUUUUCCUCUUCAAUCAUGCCUACAACAACAACUUGGAUUUAUAUAGUGCCCUC